CCGAGAGAAGAGCUUUCUUUCUUAUACCUUGUAUGAGUUGUACCGUAAGUAAAAUAUUACGACUGUUGAUCAUGGGCUGUCAAAGAGUCAACCAGAGCACAAAAUAACAGGUUGGUCGCCACCAAACAUAAUAAAGCUCUCAAAAAAUUUUUAGACAAAAAAAAUUCUCAACAAUAAUCAACAAUCUGUCCAAUGGAUGCUGACAACUGGCAGUAAAUCGACUGAUAACAGCCAGACACAUGACACAAUAAGAAGGGGAAGUUUGGCUUUAAAGCUGGCAAAUUAGAAUAAGCAACAUUAUCGCUGGUUUAUUAUUAAAUCCGAAGGUGCAAAAUAGCAAAACCAAACAAAGAUUUCACGAAGUCGAAAUGCAAAGAAAAAAAGUAAAUAAAAUCAAUCGAAGCUAAGUUAAGUGUAAAACCACACAAUGCUGAUAAAAUUAUAAUAAACAAAUAAACAGCACUACUGCAGUACAACAAAAAAUAACAACACAAUCAAAACAACACGAUUGUGACACUGUGAGCAAGCUGUUGCUGCGGCUGCUCCGAAAGCAGGCUGAGUGCGAUAACAGGUGGCGCGAGCGCGUGGAGAGCGCUGAGCAUGCGAGUAGCACACCAAAAAAUCCCCCCAACAACCAACCAACCAACGAUAGCGCAACAGCAAAAACAAUAAUAGCAGCAAACGGCUCCAAAUGUGCACAACAAAAGCAGCUAGCAACAAAAAAUCUCUGCAGUAUUGUGAGCAACUUCGCCAAAGCAGAGUACUCGUGCUUUUAGCACCGGCUGCCGCCGCCCCUUCUUCCGCGCGACCAACUGCUCCAUCAUACUAACGGGCGAUACUAAAUUUAUGCCGCAUUCGCUACUAUCGCGAUGAGCGCGUAAGAAAGUUGUUUUUGUUGCUGUUGCUGCUGCUUUUAUUGUAUCAAUUUGCGCGCUCGUUUAUUUGUUUGACAGCAGAAGUUGCGAUUUGUCGCGAUUGGCGCACGGCAUGAGCAAGAGUACUGGUUUCUAACACAAAAUAGCAAAGUGAAUAAAAAAUCAUGCGAAAUUAUUUCUCACUUAAUGUUUACCAACAACUACAGCAACAAUUCGUCACUCGUUGUUCGCCGCUCAGUUGGAACAAAAUACAUUCAAUACGCUAACAUACAUGCAUACAUACAUAUGUACAAGCAUUUCUGCAUAGGUGUAUAAAUAUCGUUGUGUAGUGAGUUUGAAUGGCUUGAAUUUGUGAAAAAAUCCGCACCGGCGACGUUCGCUUUUUUAUUGUUAUUGUUGCUUAUUGCUUGUAUUAAUUUUAAGUAAUUUUUUUUGAAUAAAACGCGCUCGCACAUUUGUUGUGGCACUAAUAUUAGUACGCAUUCGUUUGUCGUCGAAGAUCGCGCUUUUCUCUCUUGACACGAAACAGAUUUAUAUUUUUGUAUUUUCGUGUCGAAAAUUUGUAUCUCAAAAAUUGUUAAUUGCUAUGCGGUUAGUGAUAGUGGUUGCCAAAAGUUAUUUGUAAAUUUAUCAGGUGAAAGGAAAAGUGUGUUGCACGCAAGUGUAGAAACCUGCAAAAGAAAAGUAAUCCUUAGCAAUUGCAGCCAAAAAAUAAAACAAACACACACAUAUAUACACAGAGCUUAAAGGUGUUUCAAUACACGUGUCAGUGCCAAGGCAGCUGCAAGUUUACAAACAAAACAAAAACACUAAACAAACAAAAUGAGAACUAGAACAAGUUACAAAUUUAGCACAAAGCCAAGUAGCAUAUGACAUACGAGGUGUGGCAGCAACAAGGGUCAGAAGUGGCAACUAAAAAGUAAAUAACAACAAAAUUUUGCAUUGAAAACGUAAAAUCAGAAAAGUUUUUGCACAAAAUCUAUACAAAACGACGCAAAUCAACAACAAAAAAUUUGGUAAAAAAUACAACAACAAAAUAAAAUACAACAACUUAAGUAAAAUACAACAACUUAAGUAAAAUACAACAACAUAAAUAAAAUACAACAACAUACUGAAAUACAACAACACAAGCUGCAAAAAUAUUCUUGCUUCAACACCUUGUACUCUAAGUGGAUUUGGAGACGCUGUAAAGACUGCAAAACGCACAGCAAAAAACAAGUUUUUUUUAUAAAAAAUUACAUAAACUUAAGCGCCCUUGGCUAAUUACAGUGCAACAUAGCACAUAAAGCAACAAAGUGUCUUUACGGUACUGCCAAGAAGCUGCUUCAGCAGGUAUUCAUUCACACUCUAUAUUCAACUAUAACUGCGUGAACGGGCACUUUGUCUUUGUUGUCAUCUCAACAGUUAGUUAUUUUUACGCUAUCCACACAACAACAACAACAGCCGCUAAAUAAAAGUACAUAUUAGUGUGUACUUUUGGAAAACCGUCGAAUCUUCACCGCAAUCACGGUACAAUUCACAGUGCCCCUUACCGGCAACAAAAUUGCCACAACGGCGACGUUAACGCGCUCAGAGACAGUAGCCGCCAAAAUGAAGCGACUAAUGACGUGGGAACGCGAUCUGGUCGAUGCGAUGUAUGGGUAUCGACAGACACGUUUCAGUUCACGGCGUGUGCGGAAACGUGUAAUCUUCAAGCAUGGCGAGUGUAAUGUGGUUCAAGGCAAUGUGGCGAAACGCCGACGCAGAUAUCUACAGGAUAUCUUUACCACCCUGGUCGAUGCACAAUGGCGUUGGACAAUGCUCGUGUUCGCGCUCAGUUUUCUCAUCUCCUGGGCGCUGUUCGCGUUCGUUUGGUGGGUGAUCGCUUAUGCGCAUGGCGAUUUCGAAUAUAUUUACAAUCGUGAUUUCUUUCCCGAACGCAAUGUGAAUGUAACGCAUCGCAUGUGUGUAACGGAGGUGCGUAGCUUUGUCUCGGCCUUUCUGUAUUCGGUGGAAACGCAAACGACAAUUGGUUAUGGAAAUCGCUUCGUAACGGAGGAGUGUCCCGAGGCGAUAUUCAUAAUGUGUUUGCAGUGUAUUUUGGGUGUUUUCAUACAAGCAUUUAUGGUUGGUAUUGUGUUUGCGAAAUUGUCGCGUCCCAAGAAACGCGCACAAACGUUGCUCUUCUCGCGAAAUGCUGUGAUUUGUCAUCGGGAUGGGGUGCCAUGUCUGAUGUUCCGGGUGGGUGAUAUGCGAAAGAGUCAUAUUAUUGAGGCGCAUGUGCGGGCGCAGAUCAUAAGAAAGAAGAUUACUAAAGAGGGCGAAAUAUUACCGUUCUAUCAGCAAGAGCUGACAGUCGGCGCAGAUGGUGGCGAAGAUCGGCUAAUGUUCAUUUGGCCCACAACGAUCGUGCACAAAAUCGAUCGCAACAGUCCGUUGUAUAUGCUUUCGGCGUCGGACAUGUUGAAGGAACGCUUUGAGGUUGUUUGUAUGUUGGAGGGCGUUAUAGAGUCCACUGGCAUGACAACACAGGCGCGUAGCAGUUACCUGCCUUCGGAGAUACUCUGGGGUCAUCGUUUUGUGAAUGUGGUGUCGUUUCGUAAAGAAACAGGCGAAUACGAGGUGGAUUACACGCUCUUCAAUAACACUUAUGAUGUGGAUACACCACUUUGUAGCGCCAGACAAUUGGAUGAUGUGAAGGCCGAAUAUGCUAAGAAUUCCAAACUGGGCUUGGAGCGCGCCUUUUCCGCCGGUCUUAUGCACAUACCCUCUACCAUAUCUGUGGAUCGUUUAGAUCCGAAUAGCGACGAGUCGUUGGACUCACGUCUGCAAACACGCAACAAUUCCAUCCCCAAUGGGGUGCUCGCCGAGGAGCUGCAACCGCUAAAUUGUGGUGGUGGCGGCGGUAGCACAAACGGUAGCUAUCACUAUGUGCCACCAUCGUUCACCGUAGGCGGCUCAGCGAUACAAAUACCCUCGUUGGCACUCUCCACAAAUCUACAUAGUAUUAAUGAGAAAACCAAUUCCGGCAGCAGCAGCAGCAGCAGCACCAAUAAUCUCACCAUUAAUCCCACCACCACGCCAAAUACACUCUCACCGGCAAUGGCGGCGAGUGCUACAUAUAAUAAUAAUAACAACAACAAUAACAAUCAAGAUAGAAGUAAUGGCGGCAGCAUCAAGAAGACACCAUCGAGCGGUCGACGCUUAUCGAUCAAACAAGAUCAGCUAUCGGUCGAUUCGAUUUGUUGAUAAUGGCGGCGAAAAAAUGUCAUAUGGACAUACAUGUGUAUUGGUGAUUGUUGAAUGAUUGUUGUUGUAAUGUUGCGUAGAAAAACAAUGAACUUUUUUGUAAAGUAUGACUGACCGUAUUCAUUUGUCUGCCGUGCAAGCCGCUUCGAUUGCAAAUAAUUUAAUUUUUUCUUCGCCUAAAAUUAAAUUACAAAACAUUAUUGAUUAAUAUUUAAUUAAAAUAGUUUCUUCCAUAUAUACAGCCUUAAUUGUAGUGGAAAGUCAUAAGCGCAACUAGCUUUAGUUUUAGCAAAAAAUAAGUUAAUAUUAGUUGUGAGUGAAUUGCAGUCAGUCUUUAGUUGCCGAAUUGCGGUUGCGAAAAGGUAUAAGGGUCGUUUAGUGAGCGCUAAUUCAUUAGUUGCUGUAUUACGGUUUGGAAAAAGUAUACGUGUUUUCUAUGUCAGUGAAGAGUCGGUUUGAAACGCUUCGUAAGCAAAGUUUGAAAAUCGCGGCGGUUUACAACUGGACUGUUUACAACUCAAACGUUUACAACUGAACUAUUUACAAUCGAACCGUUUACAACUCAACCGUUUACAACUCAAACGUUUACAAUUGAACUAUUUACAACCGAACCAUUUACAACUAAACGGUUUACAACUCAACCGUUUACAACUCAAUCGUUUACAACUGAACUAUUUACAACUGAACCAUUUACAAACGAACCGUUUACAACUCAACCGCCGCCGCGCUAUACGAAGAAGACUCGUUAUACAAACGAAAGAAGUCGUCAAUUAAUCAAACGUUAACGCGUCAUUUUGUCCAUUUAUACCAUUAAUUCUCGUUUUUCAGUGUUGUAUUAAUAUGUUUUGUUGUUGGACGCGAGAAUUUACUUUUAUUUUAAUUAUGAUUUUAUUUCGAUUUAUUAUCGAGAUAUGCUUAUGCAUAGGUUUUAUGUUAGUAAAACAACAAAUGUUUAUGAAAGUUUCAUUUUUAAACUUUUAAAGACAACAAUAAGAAAUAUACACAAACAGUUAGAAAAACAAAAAAAAAAACAUUUACACACAAAAAGGUUUGCAUAUAUGAGGCGUGCUCAAAAAAUCAAAAAAAUAUAACGCAAAUUUUCGUUUUUGGAAAAAAAUUUUAAUGCAAAAAAAGUUCAAGAACUUGCUUUAAAAUCAAAGCUCUGCAGAAAUGAAAGUUUUUUUAAACAAACUUUAAGCUUUUAGUGACUGUAUUCAAGGUUGUUUUUAAUUUUUUUUUAUUUGGACUGUUGUUUUAGAAUUCCUGCAAAUUAUUUUUAAAAUUUUUUCCAAACUAGUUUAAGCUUACAGAGCAAUUUUAAAUUUACUUUAGUAUUUAAGCUUAAUAACUAAGUGCAGAAAAUUAGAAUUUUUUAAAUAUAAAUUUUAGGAAUGUCGGUUAUACAAACAUGGCUGAAAUCGAGCUUUCAAAAAAUGUAAAAAUGUUAUUAAAAAAAAUCAAAAAAUACAGAGCACUGUAACUGUAAUUGAAAAUAUGUAAAAUUAAUAAUUGUAAUAUUGAAAAUUGUAAGAAAAAAUGUUCGGCAAUGCAUGUCAAUUAUGUUCACUUUACGAGACAAACACGAGUUUAUUAACCCUUGUGUUGCUAAGCAUUGAGGAGGUUAAAUUUGAAAAAAAAAAUCGAAAAAAUUUCAUAUUUCGAUAGUUUUUUGUAAAUAUCGAUACAUUUUCAUAUUUCGAUAUACGAUAGUUUAUAUCUUAAAAUAAAUCAUACUUAAAUUCAAUAAUUAAAAAUAAAAACAAAGCUCGCACAUUUCAAAUUUAAAUUUUUACUUUAACACGCCUCAAACACCAGUUUUUGAAAUUUAAAAUAAUGCAAACACAAACAGUGUUGCAUUUCUGACAGUUCACCAAUGCAAAUUUCUCUUAGCGUUACACACUUGAUAUGCUGUCUUACACACAAAGUCUGAAACACGCGUUUGUGGCGUAGGGUGAACGUAUUUUGAGCUGCAAGAAUUGAAACGAAAACAAAAGCAAAAGCAAAUAUUUGAACAUAUUGUAUUACACAUGAAAAAAUGAACGCUCAGCAAAGGUGAACAGCAGUAACAUGAAACGAAUUUAACAGUUAAUGGAGACAAUUACAGGCAACUACAAAGAUAUGCGUACAUAGCGAAACAGCUGUUUUUGGCAACCAGUUUCAACGCCUAAUAAAUAAUACUAAAUAUAAAAGAAUGCUAUAUUUUUAAACACGAAGGUUUCAAUUAAUUGUCUCAGAAAUGUAUUUCCCUAAACUAUGUAUGUAUGUAUGUUUAACUGAAAAGUAUAUUUGACAAUGUUGAUAUGAUAAUAAAAGUUGGCUGUUUAUAUAAAUGUACAAGAUUUACCAAAUAAACAAAAGAAAAAAAAAAUUACGAAUAAAAAAACGAAAGAACACUGAUUUUAAAGAUUUUAAAGCAAGAUAUUAAAGCAUUAAUUCUAUAAGAAUCUGUCCAUAGAUUUUAAAGAACCCAUUUGAGUAACAAUAAAAAAAACAUUGCAUAUUGCCAAAAAAGUUUUAGGUGUGUAUAUAUAUAAUAUAUAUGCUUAGAUUUUUCAAAAGUCUAUUAUGAAUUAUACAUACAUAUAUUUUUUAAAUUAUACUACUAUACUUGUACAGUUACGGCAAGUUGCUGCAGUAAAAGGCCAAAAACACGGAAGUAUUACUUUUACACAUGCUAACUUAUGUGUGUAUUUAUGUAUGCAAAGACAAAAAAAAAAAAUAAAAUAAAAAAAAUAAACAAAGAAUUUGAAACAUAUUGCAAAUCAGUUGGAAAUUUUGAAUAAAAAACGUUUGAGCGUUUUUGUGUGAAAAAAUUAA